ACCCAUCGCUGACCGCUAAACAACCAGAACUGUAUCAGCAUUCGCUAAAAGUAUCGCGAUAUAUUGACUCUGAACAACUAAUAUGUACUCUCACACCUUCGCUCUCAUCGCUUGUGGAAUCCUGGCUGUUUCCCUGGCAGCGCCUGUUCCAGGAUGGGGCCACCAUCACCAACAUGUGAAGAUCCACGUCCCAUAUCACGUGCACACAGUUCACCAUCAUCACGUUAAGAAGGUUCACGUACCAGUGCAUCACGUUGAGAAGGUUCACGUACCGGUUCCAGUCCACCACGUUGAGAAGGUCCACGUCCCAGUGCCCUACCCUGUCAUUGAAAAGGUGCAUGUCCCAGUUCAUCAUGUUGAGAAGAUUCACGUGCCCGUUCCCAUUCACGAGCCCAUCCACGAGCCCAUUCACGAGGAGAAGGGAUGGUGGUGAAGUCUCAGAGAGAAUUCCAGUUCUUAUCACGAUGCAGUAAUAUCAACAAACUUUGAUCCAUAAGCAAACUAGUUUAGCUAUAAGCAGUAUUCAGCCUUUGGUGUGGAUCCACUUCAAAGCCCGUUCAACAAUAUUAGGCAGAAGCUUUCACGAAAUGAAAUUUCCGUAGAGUAGAGGCUGAAGAAAAGUUGAAAAAUACUAAAGAAGAUUGAUAUCCGGGGAACGGUUAUAAAUCAACUGUAUAUACAUAUACUAUUCUCAUGUUACCUGAAUGUUGUUAUUUUUUGUACGAAAAAUUUUGUAAAAUAAAGAGAGUAAUAAUAA